GUAAAUACAUACUGUAUAUAUAGCGAAAUGAGCACACAAACUCGUUCCGGAGGUGGCGGCGGCGGUGGUGGUGGCGGUGGUGGCCGUAACAAGUCCAAGGCCAAGCACCAUGAAAACAAGGAAAAUUUGGCCAAGGACGAAGGUCAGAACCAACCACAGCAGCAUCAACAUCCGAAAGGAGGAUCCGAAAGGGCCCCGAAUGCCAACAAUGUAAGUGGAAAUGAUGGGUCCAUGACUGCGACUGGCGUGUCAGUUGGCGGAGGUAAAGGAGGUGACCAUCAAAAACAGAAGAACAGCGGUGGCAACAAGGGCACAGAUAACACCGGCCCCAAGGUAGUUGAUGUGAAGGAAAAGCCGCAGAAAGAUACCGGCGCCAGUGGUGGGGCCACGGGAGGCAACAGCGAGAAAUCCGGCGGAACAACAGGAGCAUCAUCGGGCGGAACCGGAGCUGGCAGUGGAGGAGCCACCGCUACCCACACCGCGGUGAAGGCCAAACAACCGACCGCCGAACAGAUUCGCAUUGCCCAGAUCACAGACAUCAAGAGUGGAAUGGACGAUCCGAAGAUCCAGGAGAAGAUCCAAAGCUUGAUGGAAACAACGCAGCGCUCGGAGGAGGAGGUGUGCUGCGCGUUGCAGGAAUGCGACAGUGAUCUCGACCGUGCGGUGAUCUUUUUGCUGGAAACACUUCCCGUGGGAGCCUUUGCGACGACGUCCAAGAAAAAGAAAAAUAAAUCUCAGGCUGCUGCUCAGAAGGACGGUGAGGAUGGCGAUUGGGAGACGGCAGGCCCGGUGACGAGCGGUAGCAGCGGUGUCCAGCUCGGUGGCAUCAAUGUGGAUCUUAAAGAGCAGCAGCGUCGUGGUGGCAACCGUGGCGGUCCUGGAAAUCAACGAUCCGGUGGUCCGGGACGUGGUGGUCGCGCCGGUGGAGGCUAUCGCGAAGGAGGUGGUGAUCGUGAUCGGGACCGCGACCGCAACGGGUACGAUAAGGGCGGCGAGGGAGGCGGUUAUCGUAAUCGGGCAGGUGGUGAUGGUGGUCGCAUGCGUGGAGGCCGUGAUGGUGGCGGUCCGGGUGGACCAGGUCGUGGUAACUACGGAUCGCGGGGAGGUCGUGGUGGAGGCCCGCGUCUCGGAACACGCGGACCGGGUUCUCGGGAUCCGAAUCGAGGCUCUCGAAUGGCUAACAACGAUCAUCAGGAGAUCGAUUCGUGGGAUCCGGUUACCACGCCGGCGAACGCGAAUGAUCUCAAACCGGAAGAAAGCUCCACCUUCACUGACACGUGGGGUGAUUGGGACAACGAGGAAUACACGGGAUCGUUGUCGGAUACCAAAGUUUUUACGGCAAGCUCGACUACGCCAACCUCGACUACGUCUACCGCCGCUGCGACGCAACAACAGUCGCAACCAGCGCAGCAACCGACGCAGACUGGAGUUUUACCGGUGGCAUCCAAUUCAGCUGAGCUGACGGCACCACCUGGACUAGAGCAACAGGUACUAAAUCCACCGCAGACUAAGGAACCUGAGUUGGUGCAGCAGUACAGUACGACCGUCGUGUCUAGUACGGCGACGGCUGCGGUAGCUGCGGGAGGUGCAACCGGAACGGCAACUGUCGUACCGCAGUUUCCGGAUCUUCAUCCAAGCACUCCAAACACGGCAACUGCUGCUCAGCACCUGCGACAGGCUCUUGGUGACAUGCCAACGAUGAACACGUCUUCGUCGCUGUCCGCGGAACAAACACAGUAUUUUAGCACUUUAUCAUCUCAGAAUUCCAAUCUCCAGCCGGUGCCGAAUGCCGCCGGUGGCUAUCAGCAGCAGGCACAGCCAGUCGUGGUACCUGUUGCCGUGACGCCGUCAGCACCGCAACCUCAGCAACCCCAGCCUAAUUCCGUGCAAUAUUCGACAACUUACGGUGGGGCUGCCAACGAGGCUGGUGCUGGUGGGGCGCCGACUAGCUACGCGGCUGCGGCAACGCAACAACCGCCCGUGCGACGACAACGGGCUCGUGUGCCACCGCCGUCCAAAAUCCCGUCCACUGCGGUGGAAAUGCCUGGUGAUAACAUGAACAAUAUCGGCUACUUGGAUGUGCAGUUUGGUGGGCUCGAUUUCGGUGCGGACGACUCGUUCGAUACUGUUGUGACGGACAAAUUUAACUCUACCGGUGGAAGCACUGGUGCCGGUGUGAUUGAUCAGCAAUCGUCGUCGGCACAGGCACCUUCUGUUGUAUCCCAAGCGACGCAAUCUGUCGGCCAAACGUCGCAAACGCAGGCCUUGCAACAGCAGGGAACGCAGGUGCCGCAGGCGUCGGUGGGCGGAGUGCAACCUCAAGCGGUUCAAACGCAGUUGCAGCAGCAACAGCAGCAGCAAGGUGUUUCACAAGGACAACAACAGGCUCCACAGCAACAAGACGUUAGCGAAUAUCAGUCUAAGGUGGGAGUGAGCGGAGGCGUCGUCACCGGUAGCGUUGUUCCAAACAAUCUCCAGUCGAAACCGUCCAACCUUCCCGGUGCACCUGGAUUGACUUCGUCGCAAAUUAUGCCUGGACAGGGUCCUGCAGAAGCGCUUUCCUCUCAGAGCGACGCCAUGGCUAACAGUUACGCGCAACGUAACAAUGUGACUGGUUCCGUUUCGUCGUCCGUUAGUGCUGGAGCAAAUUCCAUGAGUAAUGCUGCUGCAGCGUUGGAUCAGCUAACGAAAUCGGACCCCUACGGUCCCUCGGCAGGUACGAAUACGGCCCUGAGUGGUGGUUAUCAAAACGCACCAUACUCUUCUACACAAGCCAACAAAACUCCUUCGUAUCCUCCUUCCGGUGCACCGCAAGGCUACAACAAUAUGAGCUAUUCUAGCAAUCAGGUGACUAAUGCCUAUCCACCUUCGACGAACAACUACAGUUCGUAUAACCAAGGCAAUGUAAACGUGUAUCAACCGCCGAGUGGAGGCGUCACGAGUAACGUACCGAAUAACAGUGCUGGAAAUUCGGUUGGAGGUGUUUCGAAUCAGUCAAACCUGCCGGUGAAUAACAACGCAGUAAACAAUAACAGCUCGAACAAUAAUUCUGGUGGCUACUUGUCUAGCCAGUAUCCGGUUAAUCAGACGUCGUCUGCGUUCCCGUCGCAACAAAACUAUCAAAACAGUUCACAGAACGUGUACGGAAAUACCGGACUGAACAGUAAUACAGGGUAUUCUGGAAGCACAAACACUACAUCUGGCCAGUAUGGUAGUAAUUUUAGUACGUCGAAACUUAAGGACACGCCGGUGGUUUCAACGCCAUUUGAAAGUGUGGCAUCCAGUACGGUUUCGAAUAGCAGUACGAAUAAUUCCAAUAACAAUGUGACCAGCUCGUCCUCGCUGCCCAUCAGUUCCGUGGUAUCCACGACAACGAAAAGCAGUAGCAGUAGCAGCGGAACGGGUGUACUCCCUAAUGUGCCGAUGGUCAAUCCAUAUAUACAGGCACCGGGACUACCAUUCUAUCAACAGGCCACUGUCUAUUCGUAUGAAGAUCUGCAGCUAAUGCAGCAACGUAUGCCGCAUGUGCCUGGUUUUUACGACAUCAACUACCAGACGCCUACGAGUCUCGGCGCGGCCGGUGUACGCGACGCGAACCUUGGUUCCGUCGCAUACUCGACCAUGUCCGAUGGUCGGUUCGCGCGAACCGAUAAUAACUCGUCACCAGUUAGUAGUGUUCCCAGUUCCUUGUCCCAACAAACAGGGUCUGGUGGUCCUAUGUUGAACUUGCCAUACGCUUAUUUUUACGGCGGCAAUAUGGUGCCGGCCAGCGGCUACCAAUAUGGCACACCAGCAAUUUUUCCUCAACAGAUGGCGACCAACGCGGCAACUUCCGGUGGUCAGUUCCAAAAGCCAGCAUAUAAUACGUACGGUUCUGCGACCGGAUACGAUACGCUAGGCCAAUCGGGUCAGGAUUAUAACAAGAAUUCCUAUCCAGCGUCGAUUGUGGGACAGCAGCAAUCGAAAGGACAAACUGUGGCCAACCCUCAAUCUGGCUCUGGCAGUGGAUCCGAUAUGGCUCCGUCAAUGUAUGGCAAGAACCAUGUCACAAUUAACAAGGUCAAUUAUGACAAACAAUCGUUCAACUCGGGAACUCCACCGCCCUAUAACAUCGCUGGAACCCAGACCGCGGGUGCUACAUCUGGACAACCCUAUGGGCAGCACUUGGCAUACAUCCCAACGAUGCCUACGCAUCACAAUAUCAAUAUGCAUCAAACAAUGCAUCAGGAUUCCAACAGCAGCGGUCAAAGACCGCAGACAAAUAACCAGGGAAAGACUGCUAAUAAGCAAGGCUAUUCUCCGUCUUAUUGGGCUGGGCAGCACUAAACACGUAAGGAAGGAAGGCAGGAUGUCGUCGGAAGAGCAAACAAGAAGCGCUAUAAUGUAUAAACACGAGGUAGUGUGAUUUCGAUAGAUUCUUUCCAAUAAUAAACAAAACGACACACAACAAAACAGGAAAACACAACAUCCGCAUACGAUUUGAACAGGAAGGGACAGAAUGGAGAUUCGACAAGCAGUGAAAGAUAGACAGAACAAGAGAGAAGUAGCGAGAGAGAGAGAGAUAGAGAGAGAAGUAAAGAGGAGAAUAUAUUUAGCGUCAACGGAUCGACCAUCAGUGUCCCCUGAUCUCUUAAGGAAGGAAUGGUUCCGUAUUACGUUUAUAAUUCACGCAUAACAUACCAUACGCAUUGCAUUGCAUACACGACCUCGAGAUAGUAUCGUACAUUAACAAAAAUAAACACAUUUUUCAUACAUAAGUCAAGUGAAAAUGCAAACAAAUACAAAUUUAAAUUAUCUACAUCACAAAGCAGUGAUGAUAGUGGCAUGUCAAUAAUGGGGAGCUAUGUAUUUAAUUUGUAAGCAUCGUCUCUGAAUCAGGAUGGAUGUUUCGGCAGAGGCAAGUGAAAACAUGUGGAAAAUGGUUGAGUAUGCUAGUUAGGAGAAAUAACAAACAAACAACAAUUUUCGUAACAGGCGCUCUGUUGAGUUUCAUUUGAAUUGAAGAGAUAUCGAUACAUUAAAUCAUGGCAAAAUUUUUCUCAAACCAAAAGAAAUCCCAUGUUGAUAUGCUUUUACGAAAGCAAACUAAAGAAAUUUCUUGAGCAGAUAUUUCACUUUCCAAAGAUUUAUAGUUUGCAUAAACUUUGUGCUUCGAACAAUUUCACUUACUCGUCUGGGUGGAAGUACUUGCACGUGUGUGUGUUGUGCGUGUUUUUUAACGGACUUUUAUUCUGUAUCGCCACCUGCAAGCAAAUUCUCAGAUGUAAAACAACACCGAGCACAAACCUGACCUAGAUAGAAACCUAAUGUGCAUGAUGCGAUUUGGGAAAAAAAAGCAUUCAUGAAGCACAUUCUUCGAGUUGAAGAAUGAAGCGAAUGUCGCAGGCAUUCUACAUGAUCUCUCUGUUGGGAAAUUUGAAUGGAACGAAUCUAAUCGAAUGGUACACUAUCCAUCCUUACGUGGGAUUAAAGAAUGACAUAUAACUCAGAAUGAAUAAUGAUAGAAUAAUGACGAAUCAAAUAAUGAAAUUGGCGCUAAAAUACAGACUGAAUCGAU